AUGUACUUACAAAUUGAUGUGAUUCGUCUCAUACUUUUGAAUGUGGAGGUAGAAGCUCUCAUCCGAUUUCAAUGCGUAUGCAAAGAAUGGCGUUCCACAAUACAACACCCCGAUUUCAAGCUCUCCUACCGCGGACCAAGGCGAGUGCUGGCCGCCGCGGCCUCCGACAGCAAAUUAACAUUUACAUCCAUAACCAACAAUAAUAGUCCCCGCAUUAAAACCCUAUUCCAGGUCAGUGAGAAUCACUCCUUCCUUGACACGUUUCGCCCCCUCGUUCGUUUGUGGUCUGGUGUUUGGUGCUCUUGCAACGGCCUUGUGCUUUUCUCCAUGGGAAAACAUAUUCUGUUGUGGAACCCCUCCACUCGUUGCUGCACAAAAGUGCUUGAGCUUUCACUCCGGACCGAUAGGGAUAGGUAUGUCUUCUCAGGGCUAUGUUACGUCUCGUCCACGGGAGAUUACAAGGCUGUUUUGUUACUGGGCUCUCGCUAUUAUGCCCCUCUAUGGGUUGCCAGCCUCAAGAACAAAGAGUGGCUAAAAAUGCCAUUUCCUUACUUGCCACACUCGUCUAUAGAUGACGGCAUUAAUUUUCGCAACACACUCCAUUUGAGGGCAAUUUGUAGGUAUACCAGACGUGAAAUGAUCAUUGUUUUUGAGGUGGAGAGCGAUGAGUUCAAAGAGCUUGAGCUGCCCACCCCUGAACUUCACGGAGGAGGGAAAAGAGCCAUUCUUGGCCUGGGAAUCAUGGACGGUUGUCUCUGCAUGGCUAACAAGGGGGAAGAAAGAAGGGAGGAACUACAAGUGUGGGUUAUGAAGGAAUAUGGAGUGAAGGAAUCGUGGGUCUGUCAGUUUGUUAUCUCUGCCCCUGCCUCUGAAUUAUUCAAUUUUGGUUUUAGUGCCACCACAUUAUACCCUUCCAAAUGCAAUACCAAAGUGCUGAUAUGCAGUUGUUACUGUGGCUCCUGGGAAAUAUUUGUUUAUGAUGUGAAGAAUAACAAACCCGACAAUCAUUUUUCGGAAGAAUCAAAAUAUUGUGGUGAUGCUGCUGCUAUAUGUUCUUAUGUUCAGAGUUUUGUUUCGCCACAUGAAUUUAUUUGGAAAGAUGAUCAACACAAAUCCUCCGAGAAUGAUGUUGUGUUAAGGUUUAUUUUGGAAAUGUUUAAUAUCUGA